AUGAAUGAACCAGUGUUAGUUAGUAUUGAAAUACCAGAAAAUCUACAAAUAAUCAAUGGAAAGAAUAUAGAGAAGAAAGAUAUUAAUAAAUUUAAUAUUCCAUCAACAAUAAGUAAAAUAGGAUAUAGAUGUUUUAGUUGUUGUGGAUCAUUAACAACAAUUAAUAUACCAACAAAUGUUAUUAAAAUAGGAAAUGAAUGUUUUUAUGGAUGUUCAUCAUUACAAUCAAUUAAUAUACCAACAAAUGUUAUUAAAAUAGGAGAUAAAUGUUUUGAAGGAUGUUCAUCAAUAACAACAAUUAAUAUACCAACAUCAAUUACAUCAAUAGGAGAUUGGUGUUUCAACAGAUGUUCAUCAAUAACAUCAAUUAAUAUACCAACAUCAAUUAAAACAAUAGGAGAUCAAUGUUUUAAUGGAUGUUCAUCAUUACAAUCAAUUAAUAUACCUACAAGUAUUAGUGAAAUAGGAAAAGAAUGUUUUUCAGGAUGUUCAACAUUAACAACAAUUAAUAUACCAACAUCAAUUAAAUACAUAGGAAAUUAUUGUUUUAAAGGAUGUUCAUCAUUACAAACAAUUAAUAUACCAACAUCAAUUACAUCAAUAGGAGAUCAAUGUUUUAAUGGAUGUUCAUCAUUACAAUCAAUUAAUAUACCAACAAAUGUUAGUGAAAUAGGAUAUUAUUGUUUUUCAGGAUGUUCAUCAUUACAAACAAUUAAUAUACCAACAACAAUCACAUCAAUAGGAGUUGGAUGUUUUGAAUAUUGUUCAUCAUUACAAUCAAUUAAUAUACCAACAACAGUUAAAUACAUAGGAGAUCAAUGUUUUAAAGGAUGUUCAUCAUUACAAACAAUUAAUAUACCAACAUCAAUUACAUCAAUAGGAAAAAAAUGUUUUUAUAAAUGCUCAUCAAUAACAAGAAUUGAUAUAGCAGAGAUACACUAUGUUAGUGAAGAAAGAAUAUUUAUGAAUGAACCAGUAUUAAUAAGUUUUGAAAUACCAGAAAAUCUACAAAUAAUCAAUGGAAAGAAUAUAGAGAAGAAAGAUAUUAAUAAAUUUAAUAUUCCAUCAACAAUUAGUAAAAUAGGAAAUGAAUGUUUUAGUUGUUGUGGAUCAUUAACAAUAAUUAAUAUACCAACAUCAAUUACAUCAUUUGGGUAUGGAUGUUUUGAAUAUUGUUCAUCAAUACAAUCAAUUAAUAUACCAACAACAAUUAAAACAAUAGGAGAUUGGUGUUUCAACGAAUGUUCAUCAUUACAAACAAUUAAUAUACCAACAUCUGUUAAUGAAAUAGGAUAUGGAUGUUUUUAUGGAUGUUCAUCAAUAACAACAAUUAAUAUACCAUCAUCAAUUAUAUCAUUUGGACGUGGAUGUUUUUAUAAAUGUGGAUGUGAAGAAGAAUUAAAGAAAAAUAAAAGAAUACCAAAAUAUUGUUUUGAUAAAUGGUAG